CGCGGAGCACUUCACACGUUUUAGUCAAAUAUAAUUAUAAUUUUAGGCUUUUAGUCAAAAGGCUUUUAGUCGAUGCAAUAGUGUUAUUAUUUUCAGAAUAAUCCACUAAACCUUCCUUUUUCCUUUAAACUCGCACCACGAUUCCGUAGAAGGUAUUUUUGGUCGUAAAUCUGCAUUAUUUGGUCAAAUGUGGUCAUAAAUAAACUUUAUGUGACUACAGACGUUGUAUAUUUUCACAAACCAAUGCUUACAUAAUGAAAGGAUUAAUAAAGUACUCUAAAAUAGGUAAACGUUUUUAUCGACAUAGCAAAAGGCGGCAAAUCUUUUGUGUACCUAACAUACAGUGCUGUACUCUAGCGGGAUAAAUGUGCUAUUUAUGUGUAAUGGGUAGGUAUUUUGUGUGUCGUGUCAGCGGCAGCUGCGGCGGUGAAAACAUGGGAGCGAUUUACUGUGAAAUUCAAACAGCCGAUAGCCUUGUAGAAAACAAGACAAGCAUGUUUAGUUAUGUAUUUAAUUAAAAUCCAGCUCAUAUGAAGCUAAAUUGUUACAUAUGCUAAUGAAAGCUAAUCCCUUUACUAAAACAAAUAAUGGCGUCGAAUUCCAAAAUAAAAAAUGAAAGUAUUUGUAGAACUUGUAUGGGAAGAGAAGAAUUACUUUCGUUGUAUGAAAUCAUGUAUGACACCAUGACACUGGACUUAGUAAUUUCUGCAGUUACAGGAGUCAAGAUUGAACAAGGAGAUGGGCUGCCAUCAACUAUUUGUCUGAACUGUAAGGAACAAGCCACUACAGCUUUUGAUUUCAGAAGAAAGUCUCAAAAUGCAGAUAUUGCAUUAAGAGGUUUAUUUAAGGAAAAUGGUACUGCAUUGAAGCGUGAUGACACUUUUGAGCAUUGUGAGCAGAUAAAAACUGAGCUGAACUUGGUGGAUGAACAGGACCAUUGUCUGGAUGAAUGGGUCACUCUAGAUGGCUUGGAAGAUAUGGCCAUUGUCAAAAGCGAGAAUGACUCUCAAUAUGAAUGCAAAAGUUGCACAGCUAUUUUUGAAUCCUUCAAAAAGUACCAAGAGCAUUUAGGAAAAAAAUGUGUAAAAGUGGAGAUUGAUGAUUCUAGUAAUAAUUACUGUCCGCUUUGUUGUACAUACUAUUAUGAUGCUGUUAAACUGACAAAGCAUAUGUGGGACUGUCAUACUGAGCUGAUGGGUCCAAAGAAACGAGGAAGGCCUAAAAAACUGAUGGCUGGUACUUUACUCAGCAAAUUGACUGAAAAUGGAUUUCAUUUAAAAUCUGUUCAGGUGAAAAAAUAUAGUUGUACAUUUUGUAAUGAAGACUUUAAAACCAAAGAAGAAAUUCAUACUCAUGUAAUGAAACAUAAAGAUAAGCUGUUGUUUUGUCUUUUUUGUAAAAGGACUUAUCUUAAAAAGAAAUAUUUUGACAAACACAUGUGUAUUGUAAAUAAAAAUAUGCAAAACAAGGAUUAUGACCAGGACAAAUCCAAACAAGAUUUUUUAAGUGAAAUCACUCUACAAGAAUUUCUAGGGCCAUGUGACGCCGAGGAAAAUGAUUCUGUACUACAAGCAUGUCCAGUGUGCACAGAACUGUUUCAUUCAGAGGAACAACUUGCUGACCAUAAUGACAAUGAGCAUCCUGAACUUUCUCUAAGAUGUAAUCUGUGCUCAAAGAUUUUUGCCACAGUGAAAUCUGCGAGCCGUCAUAGAAAUCUUUGCAAGCAAGUCGAACGGAAGUUCAGAUGUAGCACUUGCGGCCUUAAGUUUGCUUAUGAAUUAUCACUCAACAAACAUAUACUUCGAUAUCAUGAAGGUCAAAGUGUAUCGGUUACUUUUAUAGAAACUGAUUCCAAGGAAACUAUACAAUAUCAAUGUGAUAAUUGUAAUAAAGUUUUUGGCAGAAAAGAGGCACUUAUCAGACAUUCAAAAAUACAUUCCGAAAAAGUCUAUGAAUGUGAUGUGUGUCAAAAGAAAUUUAACAGAAGUGAUAAUUUAAGGUCUCACAAACGGAUACACGAGCCUCGAGACAAGACAAAGAUCACCACCUGUCUCUGUUUGUACUGCGGUCGAAGUUUUAAUAAUUCAUCAAAUCUCAUCGUGCACAUGCGCCGACAUACAGGGGAGAAGCCAUACAAAUGCGACUUUUGUGGCAAAGGAUUUCCUAGAUCUUCAGACCUGCAGUGUCACAGAAGAUCACAUACUGGGGAAAAACCUUGCAUCUGUGGUGUGUGCGGUAAAGGGUUUUCACGAAGCAACAAAUUGUCUCGUCACAUGCGGGUCCACACUGGCGUCAAGCCAUACAAAUGCACUUACUGUGGGAAAGCCUUCUCGCAAAGCAACGAUCUCACAUUGCAUGUCAGGAGACACACGGGUGACAAACCAUAUAUAUGUGAAAUUUGCGGUGACAGGUUCAUUCAAGGCACUGCGCUGCACAACCACAGACGUACUCACGGACAUUUCCCAGCGUCAACGUCGGACGCGCACCUGCCUCCUAUCACGUAUACUGUUCAGCGCAUAAAUUCACAGGAAUAAUAAAAGCUAUUUCAUCAGUUCUAAUAGUUGCUACAUUAGUCUUUGUAUAUAUUUUAAUCAUACGCAGAUAUAUUUUUAUAUACCUAAAUUGUAUACAUUUUACUCAUUUUAUUUAUUUUUAACUCUGUUUUACUUUUGGGAAAAAAUAGUUUUUACAUAGUUAUUGGUAUGCAUAGAAAACUAGAAUCGUACGUAUGAAUGUUUUUUGCAGAUUUUUUGUCUAGGUGUAAAUGGUCAGAUUUAUUGAUUGGUUUAUUUUAUGAGGGGUCAGAUUGGAGCAGGGAAGCGAAACUCCAGAAGAACUCCAUUUGAGAAAUAUAUUCACUUUCUCGAAUAGUCGGAGUAGCAAAUCACUCGUAUUUAUACAAUUUCAGGCUGUGUUGCGAUUUUUAAAGUUUACAUAAAUGUUUUGAAUAAAAUGAAGAAAAAAAAAUUAAAUGUACCAAUUAAAAGUUUUUUUUCUUAACUGUGAUUUAUGUUGGUUGAAUACAAAUAAAUUUUGAUUGAGAAUAAGAGGGUUCCGAGUUUAUGAUCUCUUAACACACUGUGCUACAAGGUUGCGAAUCUGUACAAGUAUUUUUCAUUUGAUGGGUGUUGUCCGACUAGUUCAUGGUGAUAGGUUGGUCGGGGGAAAUUGUUUGUUUCACCUGCAAGCCCCCAAAUGUGUAUGACGAAUUUAAUGAAAAUAGUGAAACAUAUUUAUUUUCGGAGCCGAGGUGUUCUUCAUUAACAACUCUGCUUCAGAAAUAGACUUGUUUCAAUUAAUUAGUUCCAAGCACUUUAAUAGUUUUUGUAUUAAAAAAUCGUAUCUUAAAGCUUGUGUGUUUAAGAUUUGAUUUUUAAUUGUUUGUUUCUGAUAUUGUUGAAAUAUUGACAAUGUUGGAAAUAGCUACAUUUUAGUUCGUCUAUGAUUUUUGUCUUUGGUUUUGUUUGUUCCCCGCACUCUUUCUUUCUCUGUACCUCCCAACUUUCUAGAUGAAUACACGUCUAUUUCGAAAC